AUGUUUCAUAUGGCACCUGGAUCAGUUCAGAAUUCCAAGAAAUACAUACCAAACAACUCUCGACAAAGUCUCCUAAGUCACUUGACCAUGACAAAUACUUUAGCAGAUUCGAUACCUCGCAGAAGUAUCACGCGACAAUUUGAGAAGACAAAUGUGGGACCGGACAAGGCAAAUGAGGGAUUGGAAACAGGUAAAGCAAAUAAUGAUUCAUCUAUAGGAGGUGAAACUACUAUAACGACUCACACGCUGAAGGGUGACAACACGACGCAUGUUGUUUCAUCAACUCAAUCUCCUCAAACUCAACAAAAUGAGAGCAAAUCUCUAGAUACUCCUUCAACUGAAGGAACUCUGAAUCCUCCAUUACCUCAAGCAAAUGAUAGCACAGGUAUACUUACCUUUGCUUAUCCUUUUGUUUCUUUUGAAGUCUGGCUGAUACUAGUUAAUUAG